AUGAGUCGAGUAGUGCCUGAGUAUUAUUAUACAUCAAAUGAUAUUGCCCAAGAACAUAGUAAUAAAUUAAAAAAUUAUUCACAAACUAUUUCAAAGCGAAGAAAAAAAAGACAAUAUAAUAUUGUUGAAAAAGAUUUUGGUGAUCAUAAAGCUUAUUAUUAUGUUCCAGUUGAUUAUGGAAAUAACUAUGAUCUAUCACAACUUGACGAAGUACCUACUGACAAAGAACAAAAAAGAAGUUAUUCACCUAUAUUAGUUAGAAGAAAAAAUUUCGAAACAUAUGACGAUAAUCAUAUUGAAAAAUUACCUAUAAUAUCACCUCGUCAACAUAAUUAUGUUUCACCAAGACGAGCACAUAUUAUUGAAAGAAUCUAUUAUGAACCAUCGCAAUCACAAACAAGUAAAUAUAUUCAUGAACAUGAUUAUAUACCACAAAAUGAAGAAAUUAAUGAAUAUGUUGUACGAGAUCAUGUACCAAAACAACGACUUAAAGUAGAAUCACAUCCUGUUGAUAACAAUCUACAAGCAGAAAAUCUUCCUUCCAUUUCUCGUUCUCCACAUCAUGUUGUUAACAGUAAUGAAUCAUCUCCUCGAGCAAUACCUUCUCGAUCACAUAUAACACCACUUAAUCUUAGUCAAUUAUCUUCUCCACGUCGUUCAAUCCUAAAACAACACACUCUUCGAACAUCACGAUCAUUACAUGAAUCAGUAAAUAGAUCAUUAGCUCAAAACAAAAAUCAACAAAAACAUUCUAAUUUAAAAGAUGUUCUAGCACAAAAUCGAGCUAGACGAGGUUCACGUAUACCAAAACCACGACGUGAAAUUGAUGAUGAAGAAUUUCAUGAUUUACCAAUAGUAGUACCAGCAUGUGUAUGUCGAAAUCAUUUAAAUGAGCCUGUCGAUUGGUUUAUUGUAUAUAAAUUACCACGUCUUACACAUUCAAUUGAUCCAUUUGUUGUUAAUGGUACUGGUUAUAUCUAUUUGGAUAGUUCAUCAUCUUUAGAUAAAUGGCAAUUUUCAUUACAAAGUAUUGAUUCACCAUUAUCAUUAACUGGUUUAACAUUAGAACCAUUAUAUAAAUUGAAAGAAUAUUCAUAUAUAUUUUAUAAUGAUCAACCACCAAAUAUGUCUGUUUCAUUAGUAUAUGGUCAUUCGAAAGGUGUUUUAGCAUUUGAUGAUAAUACACAAAAAGGAUUUUGGCUUGUUCAUAGUGUUCCACAUUUUCCACAAAUCAUUGAGAAAGGUUAUGAAUAUCCAGAUUCAGGUCGUAUAUUUGGUCAAACAAUGUUAUGCAUAACACUUGAUAGUACUACUUCAUUGUCUGUAAAUUCUAUUGAUUUACUUUCUACUCAUUUUCUUUUUACACGUCCAUUGGUAUUUGAUUCCAAUUUAACUCCAUCAGCAAGAAAUCGUUAUUCAAUUCUUGCAAAUAGUAUUAUAACAAACAAAGGUCAUAUAAAUGGACCACCAUAUACACAUUUUUUUCCAUUAAAUACUUCUUCAUUUGAAAUUCUUACAUUUGCUAAAUAUGGAUUAGCUAAUAUGGAUAUGUUAAGUGAAUUUAUAGUACCAUCUCUUCAUACAUCAAUGUUAAGUGAAACAUGGUCAAAUGGUAGACAAAUGAAUUUACCAUCAAAUUGUACAGGUCAAUAUCAUACGGAAAAUAUUGAAAAACUUGCAUUUAAUUUUACUGUUCAUCAUGAUCAUUCGAAAUGGCUUGUAAGUAAUGAUGGUACAUGGACAUGUAUUGGUGAUAUGAAUAGACAAGCCGAACAAAAAGUUAGACAUGGUGGUUUUGCUUGUAUUAAUGAUAAACAUAUACAACAACGAUUUCGACAACUUGUUCUCAUGAUUGAACCAUGUCCAGCAGAUAAACAUUAG